AUGGCGUCGGUCACUUCGCUGGACAAGGACCUGCGCAAUAUGCGCCUAUCCCGUUAUACCCCGCAGGCCGCCGCGGAGGUGCGCGACUGGAUUGAGGAGGUUUUGCGUGAGAAGCUACCAUCCAGGGAUCUGCUCGAAGGUCUGAAGGAUGGAGUCGCGCUUUGCAAAUGGAGAAUAUUUCGCACUUCCUACGCGCAUGUCAAAUGGAACCCCUCGGACUUCCCCCCACAUGAUGUCUUCCUCACAGUAGAUCUGUACGAAGCGAAGGACCCGGCGCAAGUCCUCCAGUGUCUAGCGGCCUUUAGUCGCCGGGCCAAUACGCUCCAUCCCGGCAUAUUCCCCCGCUCAGUUGGCCCGCAAAGCAAACGCGGGAUGGUCAGUCCCAAUGCGACGGGUUCUUCGAGCCCUGGUUCAUAUACUACGCGAACUGGCCGCGCCUCCAGCAAUGCUAGUGAUGCCAACCCUCCUAUCGCUGGUCGGAUGAGCCCUGCUAAGCCUUCUGGGUCUCACAGCACCUGGAGCAAAAAGAAUGAUCAGGGAUCCACAGCUCCAGCCUGGAAUAUUCAUCAGUAUGGCUACAUGGGCGGAGCCAGCCAAGGUAACCAAGGUAUUGCGUUCGGUGCUCGGCGACAGAUUACAACGCCUGGCCCAGCUGUGCCUAGCCUUGCAGAGAAGGAAAAGCGCAGGCGCGAGGAGGAUGAGAGAAUCCGUCAGAAAAAUGCUCAGCGAGAAGAACAAGAAUGGGCCCGCCAACGCGAACUUGAAGAGCAGGAAGCGCAGGCUAAGGUCGAAGAAGAUCGCCGAUGGAAGGAAGAGACCGACCGUCUCCGGGAAAAGGAACGCCGUGAGAUGGAAGAAGAGAAAAAGCGUUGGGAUGCAGAGAAGCGUCAAUGGGAGGAAGAGGAACAACACCGAGUUGCGGAAGAGAAGGAAGCCGAGGAGCGAGUUGAGCAAGAACGCCAGCGUCGUCGAAAGAGCGCCACUGAUGCUCGUCUGAAUGGACAAUUCCUCAGCCAGUAUCAAGCGAGCCAGACCUCCACGAACGGCGGAGAUGCUCCGGCCGAAGAAACCCCCGAGAGUCGUCGCAUCAAGGAGCUGGAACGAGAGCUAGAGUUGGCCAAGGAACGCGAGCGACAGUAUGAAACCGAACGAACUGGCCUCCAAGUCCAGAAGAGUGGCAACGACUCUCGAUCUCGCAGUCGCAGCCGCCAGCGCCCGGUACCUGUUCCCCCUAAACCGAGCUACGAUCUUUCCUCUCUCGAACAGGAACGCCGCAUGCUCCGCACAGAUUGGCAGAAGACCCAAGAAAUGCCGACUGCGACGGAGGAACCCGAGCACGCCGAAGAAGCGGCUCCUCCACCACAGCCUCGGCCACUCCCACAGCCUGUGCCCUCGUCCCAGGCAGCACCAGCGCCACCCCCGAGAGAGCUGCCAGCCGCUCCACGUCCUCUUCCAGACCCUAUGGCAUACACCGCGAACCGUGGGCGAGAGAGCCGCGUAGACCGCUUCCUCGCCUCCAACCCUGCCCCCAGGAAUCAGCCCCCUCCAUCCACAAACCCCAAGAUUAUAGUCGAUGCCGAGAACAGCCGCCGCAUGGUCUCGCAGCAGAAGACUCGAGCCGGGGGCUGGGCCUCGAAGUCCUUGCUCGAGCGUGAGAUGGAGCGCGAGCGGGAACGCCAGCGGGAGUGGGAGGAAAACCAGAAGAAAACCCAGGCUGCUGUUCGCGAUACCAACAUGGGCUCGGGACCUGGUCAGUCCUGGGAUGUUCAUCAAUAUGGAUACAUGGGAGGUGAUAACCAGAACCGUGGUGGCGUUGGACUGGGUGUUGGAGGCGCCCGACGUCAAAUCAUUGGACCUCGGCCGCCCCCGUAA